AUGCAGCAAUCUAACAGACUACGAACAGCUCUCCUGGGGGGAAAGAAGGCAUUCGGUGCUUGGCAGAUGCUGCCUGGAGCGAAUGUAUCACGUAUACUGGCAAGAUCAGGAGUCGAUUGGGUCUUGGUAGACUGUGAACACGGCAACAUAGAUGAUGGAGCAAUGCACGACGCCGUACCAGCCAUUGCAGCGCUAGGAGUCUCACCUAUCGUGAGAUUGCCUGAUCAGCAAGGAUGGAUGGUGAAGCGCGCACUCGAUAGCGGUGCUCACGGUAUCGUUGUUCCGCUGUUGAGAACUCCAGAAGAGGCGAGAGAACUCGUCCAAUCUUCCAAGUUUCCCCCUCAAGGUCGACGAGGGUUUGGUUCUCCCAUUGCUCCCGAGCGAUUCCAUCCUGAGCCCACUUUCACACAGUAUCUACAACAGGCGAACGAUUCUCUCUUAACCAUCGUUCAGAUUGAGACCAAGGAGGCACUUGAGUCUAUCGAUGAAAUUGCUGCUGUAGAUGGAAUUGACGUUCUUUUUAUUGGGCCAUUUGACCUAGGAAACGCCAUUGGCCAUCCUAUCAUUGAGGGAGUCAUGGCCUCUGAAUUGAAAAACGCCAUUGCCAAGAUCCUUGCUGCCGGCCAAAAGGCAGGCAAGAAGACAGGAGUAUACUGUACUGGGGGAGAACAGGCGAAGGUCUAUGCCGAUAUGGGAUUUGAUAUGAUGAACGUGGUAACAGACUAUACAUCGUUGGCCUUAGUGGCCAAAGAGCAGCUCAGCUUUGCAGAUGGAAGCUCUGCGCCGGCCAGGGGUAAAGGGUAUUAG